CGGUGCGCCGGCGCCUAGCGGUGCCAAAAAAAAAAGAUUAUUCGCACAGCUACGCGACGGCGGCUGGCUGGCGGAGAAACAAAUUUGCGACGGCACGCUUGAAGAAGAGAGUUGCAACGUAGCGGCGGCGCGGAGGAGGCUUGCUGCGUGCGGCCUACCGGGACGCACCGGCCUCGAGAUCGCAAGGUAUCUCGCUCACUUGAUCACCCGGGAGCACUCGAGAAGAACACAGCGCCCGACGAAUUUCCCCUUUCGAUUCGGGCCCCUCUUGUACCUAAACUGCUGAAUUCGAUGAGGCUGAUCGGCUUGACGGGUGGAAUUGCUUCGGGGAAGAGCACCGUCUCUGGCCUCUUCAAAUCGGCCGGCGUCCCUGUCGUCGACGCGGACAUUGUGGCUCGGAAUGUAGUGCAGAAAGGUACUGGAGGUUGGAAGAAGAUUGUAAAAACUUUUGGAAAUAACAUAUUAUUGGAAAAUGGAGAAAUUGACAGAGCUCUCUUAGGUCAGAUUGUUUUCUCUGAUCCAGCAAAAAGGAAACUUCUAACCCGUCUUCUAUCCCCACAUAUUUCAUGUGGUAUAUUUUGGGAGAUACUAAAACUGUGGGUGAAGGGAUGCUCAGUUAUCACUGUCGACAUCCCGUUGUUGUUUGAGACAAAGAUGGACCAAUGGACGAACCCAGUGAUUGUUGUAUGGGUGGAAACCGAAACACAGAUUGAGAGGCUCAUGUUAAGAGAUGGGUGCAGUGAGGAACAAGCUCAGAACAGGAUCAAUACGCAGCUUGCGCUUGACUGGAAGAAGUCCGAAGCAGAUAUAGUGAUCAACAAUUCUGGCUCACUGGAGGACACGAAAGAACAGUUCCGAGAAGUGUUGAAGCAAGUCUCUGCUCCAUUGACAUGGAAGGAGCGCAUGAGAUCCAGGGACGGCUUUCUGUCUAUCGUCAUGUGCACGGCAGCGGGGGUUUUACUUGCUCAGAAGAAUCUGUUAUGAUCUUUGCAUCGUUAGGAAGUUAGGACUGAACUAGGUUGAUUUUUUGAAAAAAUUUGGGAGUGUCGUUGCAGAGUACUAGACCAUCAAGAUUAUGGUUUUGUGUCAUAUCAUGUUUUGGAGUCAAGUGCUGAAUUUUGAGUGAA